GGAUCUGUAACCCACCUUUCUCCUCUCUGUGGCUUAUUAUGGUGCUCAGAAAGGAUUUAAAGUCACCACCUGUUACAUAUCAUCAAAUCAUCUGAGUGCAAGCCAUGUAGUCAGUCCUGUGGUUCUCCCAGUGCCCAACUCAGCAUCCAGCCUUCUGCUCCCAGUGGGAACGGAUCUUCCUCCUCACUAUCCCCCGUUUCCAUCACUGAGGACGUCUUCUUUGAUAACAUGACAACGAAUGACAACCAGGAUGCGUGUUCAAUAGUCAGUGACUACGACUGCCCUGGUGUGGAAGUGGGUGGCAGCGUGGAAGACCUGCUGGGCUUCAGCCCCUCUCUCAGGGCUUCUGAGUACUUCAAAGACUUGGAGGGAGGGAUACCGGCUUCACAGUCUACUGCAUCCACUGUAACCACAGUCCCAGAGAGCAAAACCCUGACGGUUGACCAACAAGUGUCUCUAAACACAGACCCUCCUGCCAUCAACCUUCCUCUACAGACUUCUCUGACCGCACUCUCCCCUCAGGUCAAUGCACCAUCACCGCCCUACUAUAUACAGCCUGCGGAGGAACCUCUUCACAGCUUUGUGGUCACUCAGCUUAGUCCUAAGUUAUUGCCAGGUUGUCUCAUUGACAGUGGUGUCUCCUCAGACCCUUCAACAGAGCUUAGUUUGACAAUAAAUCUGAAUGGACUGUUGGGUUCAGUGGAAACAGCAAAAGGGAUAAUGGGAUCAGAGGCAGUAAAGGAGGAAACCACAAUGGAUUUUGACGGAGAGCCAGAUGAGGACAGCUUUCCUAUCCUGGUCAGAUCCAUGUCAACGUCCCGAAGACACAGCUGGGGCGUCCCUGUGUCCCCCAUUGACCUGCGGAGGAGACUGAGUCUGGAUACCACGGCCAUGGACAGCGAUGGAGAGAGAGAGGAUGAUGAGGAGAGCCAUCAGCAGACCUACAGCUGCACGGCCUGCCCUGAGGAUGAGACGGAUGGUCCCGGGAUGAGGUUCCCCUGUCCCAGAGCCAGGGUCACUAGCAUGGCCGAUGGUGCGCCUGGCAGACAUCUGUAUUCCCGCUCAGAGAUCCUCGCCACAGAUGAAUGUUCCCGAGCUGCACACAUUUCUCGAGUUGUGCAGACAUCCAAACAGGCCGCAAGGGCAGCAGGAGCGGAGGAGUUCGACCCAGAAGAAAACCUACAUUCUACUGAGGGACAGAGCCAUAUAGCAAAGCAGAGGAACAACAGAUCAGAUGUCAAAGAAUCAGGAAAUGUCACUUGGUACGAGUUCCUCUCUAAUGAGAAUGAGGAAGAGGAGGAUCGUACAGAGAAGGUGGAGAAAGGCACCAAGGUGAAGAGGACCCUUAGCUCUUUGAGGAACAGGAUGGCUGGCUCCUUCAAUAAAGAUAAGGGUAAGAACCGAGAAAAAGAGCAGCAGAAAGAGAAGUGGAAGGAGAAGGAGAGGGAAGCCAAAGAGAAAGUAUGCAGCAGCAGCAGGAUGAGCAGUGGGCAUCAUUUGGUGCCAGGCGCUUUUUCCAGCUGUGCCACCUGCUCACUGUGCAGCAAGUCCCUGCAGAAAAAGCAUGGCCUGCAGUGCAUGAAUUGUGCCGUGAACGUUCACAAGAACUGUAAGUCUCUGCUGGGUGACUGCACCAGCAGCAAGAAUAAGAGAGAUUUUCUACCGAAGACCAGCUCAUCAGGAUCUCCUAACCUUGCGCUAAAAGACCGGGACAGAGAGCGGGAUCAGGCAGGCCUUGCCUCAUCACAGACCCUGGAUGGCCACCCAAGUUUUCUCAGCACCCCAGGCAUGACCGUUAGUCAGUGGGGACCUAACACUCAGCUGACUGCCGCCCAUACCACCUACUCCUCUGCAUCCCCUGCCUCCAGCCUUGGCCACAGCCUCCAUCACCACAACAGCUCAGGAUCCCUCCCUGGGGAGAUGGAUGAGACAGAUGCUCUCCGCUCCAAACGCUGCAAUGAAGACGCCAUUUCCCUCGCUCCCUCCACCACCGAGUCUAUCAUCGUAGAAGAUGCUCACUAUACAGCAGUGCGGGCUGAUCUGGAGUCUGAUGCCCAGGACCUGGAGGCGGAGUCAUGGAGUUUGGCAGUUGACCAGCAGUAUGUUAAGAGGCACUCUAAAGAAAUGGUGAAGAGACAGGAUGUGAUAUAUGAGCUGAUGCAGACGGAGAUGCACCAUGUGCGAACACUGAAGAUAAUGCUUCGUGUCUACGUCCGAGAGCUGAAGGAGAACCUCCAGAUGGACUCGGGCAGGCUGGACUGUCUGUUCCCCCGCUUGGAAAACCUCCUCGAUCUUCACACACAUUUCCUGUCUUGUCUCAAAGAGCGGCGACGAGAAAACCUCAUCUCACCUAGCGACAGGAACUACACCAUCAACAGAGUGGCAGAUAUUCUGAUCACACAGUUCUCAGGUGAAAUCGGAGAGAGGAUGAAGGAAAGCUAUGGAGAUUUCUGCAGUCACCACACUGAGGCUGUCAGCUACUACAAAGAACAGCUGCAAAACAAUAAAAAGUUCCACAACAUCAUACGGAAAAUCAACAACCUGUCCAUUGUGCGGAGGUUAGGAGUGACCGAGUGUAUUCUGUUGGUGACGCAGCGCAUUACCAAGUACCCUGUACUAGUGGAGCGUAUUCUGCACAACACUGAAGCGGGAACAGAGGAGCAUGAGGAUCUGACUCGAGCUCUGGGUCUGAUUAAGGACACCAUCAUUAAGGUGGACACGCUGGUUAAUCUCUAUGAGAAGAUGUCCCGACUCAGAGACAUAUACAACAAGGUGGAGCUCAAGGCACUGGGAAAAAUCAAAGAUGGCCGAGUGUUUCGCAGGGAGGACCUGGCACCAAGCAGGAGAUGGCUGCUUCAUGAGGGCACAGUCAACUGGAAAGCUGCAUCUGGCAGACUCAAAGAUAUUCUUGCAGUUCUUCUGUCAGAUGUGUUGCUCUUGUUACAAGAGAAGGACCAGAGAUAUGUAUUUGCCACUGUGGAUAGCAAGCCGUCAGUGAUCUCUCUUCAGAAGCUGAUAGUCAGGGAAGUGGCCCAUGAGGAGAAAGCCAUGUUUCUUAUCUGUGCCUCCUCCAAUGAGCCAGAGAUGUACGAGAUCCACACCACCUCCAAGGAGGAGCGAAACACUUGGAUGACACAAAUACGGCAAGCUGUCGAGAGCUGUCCUCAUACUGAAGAGAGGCUGUUCAGUGAGGAGGAAGAGGCUCGAGCUUCCAGGUUCAAAGAGUUUCAAGAGCGGCUGAGUCAGAAGGACACAGUAAUUGUGCAAGCUCUUACUGAGAAGCUGCAGCUGUUUGCAGACAUGGCAGAGUCUUUGGCAGGUCUAGAGGACACAGCUUCACGUUCUAGACUUCUGCUUCGAGGAGACGCCUCAGACCUCCAGCAGGGGGAGACCCUGCUCAAAGGAGCUAUCACUGAGGUGGAGAACCUCCAGAACCUGCUGCAGUCCGGAGUGAGGGAGGAGGCUCCAGCCUCUCGACUGGAGGAAGGAAGCGGCUCUGGGGCCUUGCCCAGACGAGCGGAUACUUUUGGGGGCUAUGACAGCAGCCCCACCAUCCUUAGUAAGAAUGGCAGUGUGAGGAAGAACUCUUCUGGCGAGUCCAGAAACAGAGACAGAAGCCAGAGAGCAAGCUCCGACCCUCAGCUCAAAGACCUCUGUGGCAGCCACACCCUGGAGCAGACGGUUGAUGAGAGCUCCUGCUCUCCUGCCAGAUGGAACCGCAUCUGGUCCAACUCCUUCCCUGAGGCUGAGUUCUUUGACAGAGUGGUGAUGCUCUCCCAAAGGCUCUAUAGUCUGCAGGCCAUCAUAUCACAGCAGGACAGUUACAUCGAGCUGCAGCGGGCCUCUUUGACAGAGCGGGCAUCCCUGCCCGGGCGCCACCGAGGGAACGUGCUCCUGGAGCAGGAGAAGCAGCGGACUCUGGCCCUGCAGAGAGAAGAGCUGGCCAGCUUCCACAAGCUGCAGUCUCAGCACCGGCAGGAGCAGCAGCGCUGGGAGAAGGAGAGGGAGAGGCACCGCCAGCAAGUCGAGGCCACUGAGGCCAGGCUCCGACAAAGGGAGGAGGAGUGCAAGCGGCUGGAGGAACAUCUGGCAAAAGAAAAGGAGGAGCUAGACAGGCAGAGGGAGACGUACCAGCAGGACCUGGAGAGACUGAGAGAGUCCACCAGAGCUGUGGAGAAAGAAAAGGAACGCCUGGAACACCAGAAGAAGAUCAAGAGGAAGACCAUUGAGGUGGCUCCUCUGUCUGGCAGUCUGAACGGGGAGCUCCUCAUGUCGUCUGGCCUCACCAGCUCCACCAGCGCCUCCGACCUGCCCCUGCCUCAGAAGCCCCUAGUGCGCGCCAGCUUGUCUGUAGCGCCAGCCGACUAUCCAGAGCGCCCUGAAGUGAUGUUGCGGCGCGAGACGGGCUCCUCCACCCUGCCACUGAAGACAGAAGUGCCGCUCCAUCUCUUCAGCACCACCAACCAGCAGCACAAACUGGUCGGGGUGCAGCAGCAGAUCCCCACCAAGCUAGCCGCCUUCAGCAGCGGCAAAGGGAAAGGAGGCAAGAGUGGUAAAGCUUCACAUCGCACUGACAGCACAGCCUCAGUGGAUAUGAAGCAGAUGCUGAAGUUGUCUGGCCGAGACGAAAAUGCCCAGAAGGCCAAGCGCUCGAUCAGCCCCCACCAGCAGCUCUCGCUGACAGCCCUGCAUCACCACACGGAUCAACUCAGUCCUCCAGACAGCGCAGGAACAGACAGCCAAACCACCUCCUCGGUCAGCACCUCCCUCCCUGCAAAUAUUCAGAAGCCCCCCAUGCCUCCUGCACAGUCCCAUCCUCAGCCCUCCAUGCAGACUUCCACCAUGCCUCCCCACUCACAGAGCAGCGGAUUUCUCCAGUUCCAGUCCCACGUGCAGCCGCAGGGCCUCAGUCCAAACACCCAGGCCCAAGUCCCGGUAAAUCACGGGCUCAGCCACAGCCACAGCCACAGCCACAGUCACAGCAUGCCGCCUCCGUACAAGAUCCCCACAGAGGACCUCAACAAGGAGGACGUCAUCUUUUUCUAAACUCCAGUUCUGCUGCCCUCAGAUCAAGCACUGAUCACAAAAACGAUAAAAGAAAAACUAUUUUGGGAUGGUUACUGAUCCCCAAUCAACCACAAGGUCCAUUGCAAGGAGCCACUUAUAUGUGAUAAAGUGACGAUGAUCAGUGUGGGCAGGUGUGUUGUUAUUGACUGUUGAGAUCAGGUAGUUAAAAUGUAUGUACAAAGUUGCAGCAGUCUAUUGCAGAGAGCCUUUGUCAGAGCUACAGUGGCUCAGAAAAAAAAUCGCAACAUUUUAUUCAAAAAAGAGGACUUUCUUUUAAACGGUUUCUUCUUUAUUUAAUUUUUUUUUCUAAACAAGUAUGAAGAGGGAACCUUUGGCAGAACAAAGGUGUCUUGAAACAAGUAUGAAAAGGUUUAAAUGAAGUCGCAACAAUCCAAAGACUUUAGCUGCAAGGGCUGAAGGUAAUUUGACUGAAAGGAACAAUGUGAAAGAAAAACGGUUGGGUGCAUUUCAGGAGACUCUGGUCAGGCUGGUUAGUGAAGCAUGUACAAAGUGAAAGGUGCAGCGGCGGAGUCCCGGCCUUAAACCUCUGCUUCUACUGGACCUGGAACCACAAGAAAUGAUUCAACAGAAACUCAGAAGAACUCUUAAUACACGGACACUCUCUUCUUGAUGUUUCAUUUGCACAGUGUAAAUACUCCAUUCCAGACUUAUGAAUGAACUUUUGUGGACGAAAUGUGUGUUGUUUGGUUGUACAGUUGUGAAGGUUCUUUUAAUUUAGUUCUUCUUGUUCUGCUUAAUCAUGCUUAUUGCAGAUGGCUGACAUUGUGGAUUACAUCUGUAGUGCUGCCAGUGGUUCCGAAACCUGACUUGCAAUUGGUCACCAACCUGUUUUUUCACACUGUUGUUUAAUAUUACUUCGUUUCAAUUAAGGGAUAAUUUGGCUUUUGGCAAGUUGUACUGUUUUUCCAGCCCAAGCAGAGUGGGACAAACUCAGGGAUGCCUUUCUUGUGUCUCUGUACAGUAAUGUCAGUGUAGCUUUCUCUAGGUCUGUUCCUGCAUUUCAUAGAAGCAGCUCUCCUUAAAAACACUGAGGGUUAAAAAUUAAACAGUUUUAUUUAACCCAUUAACAAUAUUUCCCAUUACAGCAUUUUCACAAGUAGCUUUUUUAUUUCUGCAACUAUGGCUGGUUUGUCAGCUGUUUGAUAAAAGGUCACUUCUUUAAUACAGACAUUUGCAACAGAGAUUUAUGUAAAUUUGAGUAUGUACUUUAUUUAAAUUAGUCCUCAACCUUUUAAGUUUAAAGGACAAUGUUUCAGACUUGUAGCUGAGCUGCUAUUGAUCCCAUUACACACCCAGGAAAUUAGCUAAACUUGGCUAAAUUUGGCACCAUUCAGUUUAUCUUGUAGACAUCCAAAAGGCCUCAAUGAGUUUGUCACACCCUAGGGUACAUUUCCCAAAAACUAUCCCUUUAAGAAACACCUGUUUGUUAGUAUUUUAGUGGAGCUGUAGUGUACUGUACAAUUCAGGACAUUUAAUGCUGUAUGUUCUUUUAAAGGUAGAAAUUUUAACUGCUUCAUAUUUCUGGACAGAUGCUAAGAAAAGAGAAAAUGUAGGCUUAAAAGAGAACAUAAGUAAUAGUUACAACAGAGAUGAAAUGCACUGAAAAUAUUAAAAUCCAUCAUCACAUCAAUAGAAAAUAGAACAUCAUGAUUUUGCAUUAGCUGCUCCAGUAGAAUAAAGGCCUGUUUGUUAAUCCCAAAGGUAAACGGCUAAGAUCAUUCAGAUAAGUCGGACAAUGACAACAAGGCCUGAAUGUGCAUAACGGAGCACAGUGUUAACGCAGUUUUAUAUCUUCCACUGUAGUUAUUGUAACGUGGCUUCUGUAUACAUGUACAGAGUUUUCUAGAGCCUCAUAGGACAAACAAAAGCGAGGAGUGUACAGAAAACUGAAGCAUUUUAAAGUUUAUAGUUUCCCCUGCUCAUUCCACGUUGGUCCUCAUUUUUCACCCAACUGAGGAAAUGAAAAGUUCAUGUGAUUGACAAGUCAUUUUUUUUGAAAGCUUGUGUCUCUGGAGCUCAGUUUGCUGACUUGACAGUUUGUAAAAUUGCAAAGCCGCUAUAUCUUUGAGUUAAAUAUGAAGAUGUCCGUUUUAAUCGAGGCCCUCAGGUCUCAUUGACGAUGUGUUUUAAUGAUUGCUGAUGACAUUUCAUUAGCUGAGUCUUAAAUCUCUGUGCCUGAGCGAAAAGCGGUACUGUGACUGUGCAGUGGUCCUGCAGCAAAAGAAGACUAUCAGCUGUUGUCUGAGAUUUCAGUCUUUAUCUUUCUUCACAGAAGAAAUAUGGGGAUGUCCAUCCCAUUACUUCUCACUGUAUCUACAUGAGAUUCCUUUAAAUCCUGAAGUAGUUGACACAUUGAUGCGUUCUGUGUCUCUGGAGAAAAAAAUAUUAGAAGAGCUUUUUGUCUUUUGUGUCUUUUGUCUUGUCUGGAGUUUGAGCAAGUUUUCUAAGUGUUGAUGUAUAUUAUGUAUAUUGUUGUACAUACCGUACCUGAUCUCUUCUGCACCGGCUGCCCUCAUCCUACACAUUCUUGUAUUAGAAACAGAUAUUUGACAUGAAUCAAGAUGCAAAAGUCAGCCAAAAGUCUGUUUGUGUAUAUGUAUAUAUACACUUAAGAUACAAACCCAUGUGUGUAUGUACAGUAUGGUACGCCUUUGCUUGGAUAAACUCGUGGCAGUUUAUGAAACCACAAUCAGUCAUUGCUGUUGUAUAAAUCAACAAAAAUGGAAGGUGUGUAUAUUUAAUCUCCUGAUCUGCAUUGAUGUUGUAGCUUUGAAGUCGAGGUGCAGUGUCUGUCGUAUUUGUCCUACAACUCAUGAGUGAUGUUUCACCAAGAUUAUGUAGCAGUCAUAAAAAACGAAACCAUCUGCUCGUUUCAGUCGGUUAAACCAAAGAGACAUUCGGCUGACUGGGCUCCUGUCUGUGCUCGUGUAUGAAGGAUGAAUAACACUGUGCUGGUUGUGUGGUCAUCCACAAAGUGUUAUUACUUGUAGAAACACCCUCCAGGGAGUGUCCAUAACAAGUGUGUUUACAGCACAUUGUAGUCCAGUUCAUAUCCUGCUUCAGGUCUAAUUUUUGGAUUUCCUGUUUGUUUUGCAGCCUCACAUCCACAAAUCACAAAUGUGUCAAACUACACAAACAACAAACCAUGAAGUCGACAAUAAAUCAAAUAGGUACGCCAGAGUACGGCACAUCCUAACUAUAGUGUCUGAUUUUUUUUCCAUGAUCAGUACAUGGACUCACUUAACUCUGUUGAAUAAAUAUUGGAUUUAUGUACGCCAGCACUUCAUCAUCGCAAAGAACCAUGGGCUGUUAAUGUGCAUGUGAACAUACUUUUGCUGGUUUUCAGUGGGUUGAACCCAAAUUAAAAAAGGCUUUCCAGAUUUUGACAAAACAAUCCCAAAUAAAGGUCCACUUACUAGCUUUUUCCCCCAGAGCUUUCACCCAUCUCUCACAGUCUUCAGCCAGUGCUUAAAAAUCCCAACAUGAGCGGGAAGUGUUGAAAUUGCUAUUGAUAAUAUCAUGACGGCUUCUAGCUCACAUAUGACAACUGAACAAACUCCAUUCACGGAUGAAAACCAUAUGAUAUGGUUGAAAGCUGUAGAAGAAGCCAGUAGGUCCACUUUUGAGUUAGCAUUGUUUUUGUAAAACAACUUUUUUCCAAGCUAAAUAAUUAACUUUUAUUUACAUGUUUGUUCAUUUUCCUGUAUUUCCCCGUGUCUCUUUUUUAAUUCCGUGAGUGAGAGAUGUUAAACAACAGGAAAAGUGGUGUAAGAGCACUUUAGUUCUGCUCCAGGUACGAGACUUUUAUCUGUGGAUUAUAAUGGGCCUCGACAGGAGAGGUGGAUGCUGCCUGUUGCUGUCACUGUUUGGAUCAACUCAAGUCUUAAAUGUUGUUUUGCUGUACUGAACUACUUAACCUUUUUGCUCUGUUUUAAAACUUGGAAGCCAGUCAGUCACAU